UUCGGUCUGCGCGCUUCGGCUGUUUACCUGGAACUGCUCCAGCUCCGGUGCCACAGCGCAGCAUCUCUGGGCCGCUUCAUCAGGGUAUUUGAGGAGAAAAUGCCGGUUGUUAGGACACUGCAGCGAGCUGUGGGUCGGAUGGUACAGGGCCCUGCCUGCGGCUGUGGGACAGCUGCCCGGCCCCGCCAGCUCCUUGGCUCCUCCCCUUGGCAAAUUCCAGCAGAUGCCAACUUCCACUCUGCCUCUUUCUCCGAGGCUGACCGACCACGUGUCUUAAUUACAGGGGGUCUUGGCCAGCUUGGAGUGGGGCUCGCUAACCUUUUAAGGAAGCGGUUUGGGAAGGACAAUGUGAUUCUGUCUGACAUAAGGAAACCCUCUGAUCAUGUGUUCCACAGCGGCCCAUUUGUAUAUUCCGACAUUCUGGACUACAAGAAUCUUCGAGAGAUUGUGGUCAACCACCGUGUCACCUGGGUGUUUCAUUAUAGCGCUCUGCUCAGUGCGGCUGGAGAAGCAAAUGUAUCCUUGGCAAGAGCCAUAAAUAUCACUGGGUUGCACAAUGUUCUGGACGUGGCCGCAGAGCACAACUUGCGAUUGUUUGUGCCCAGCACAAUUGGAGCCUUUGGACCCACUUCUCCCCGGAACCCAACCCCCGACCUCUGCACUCAGAGACCCAGGACCAUCUACGGGGUGUCCAAAGUCCACGCAGAGCUCAUGGGAGAAUAUUAUCAUUACCGGUAUGGGCUAGAUUUCCGAUGCCUGAGAUAUCCUGGCAUCAUUUCAGCGGACUCCCAGUGUGGAGGAGGAACGACUGACUACGCAGUCCAGAUUUUCCACGAUGCUGUAAAGAAUGGCAAAUUUGAGUGCUACCUGAAACCCAGCACGAGGCUCCCAAUGAUGUACAUUGAUGACUGCCUCAGGGCCACCCUGGAAGUCAUGGAGGCCCCGGCCGAGGCCCUGUCCUUGAGGACCUACAACGUCAACGCCAUGAGCUUCUCCCCUGAGGAAGUGGCCCAGGAGGUUCUCAAGCACAUACCGGGGUUCCAGAUCACGUACAACGUGGACUCUGUCCGACAGGACAUAGCGGAUAGUUGGCCUCUGAACUUUGAUGACAGCAAUGCUCGGAAGGACUGGGGCUGGAAACAUGAUUUUGACCUUCCAGAGCUGGUGAUGACAAUGUUGAGCUUCCACGGUUCCGACAGUAGAGUUGCCCAAGCUAACUGAAGGCCUCAGAAGGAAGAGCUCAUGUAUCCCGGACGACUCUCAAGGGAUGGCUGUAGACAACAAGGAACCUAGAUUAUCCACAGUUGAAGGCCUAAUUGGACUAAAUUCUGGCAGCUCGUAUUGAACUGCUGGACGGAGAAUUGAGUUGGCUUUAGCAUUUGCAAAAUGCUGUUGUUUUGGUGGUAGGACCUCUGAAUCUUUGCUCUUUGCCUAAACUUGCCACACACAUAAAC